AUGAUACUUCUCAAAUCACUCUCCUUUGCCCUCGCUGGACUGUCAGCAUUGGCGACUGCCAUUCCGAUGCCAAAGCCUUUUUCAGCCGAUGUUUCUACCGAGGUCAGUAGCACUGACAGACUUGUGUUCUGUCAUUUUAUGAUCGGCAUCACAAGCAACCGCCAGAGCGCCGCGGACUACGAUGAUGACAUGCAACGUGCGAAAGCAUUGGGAAUAGAUGCAUUCGCUUUGAACAUUGGCGUGGAUCCGUACACUGAUACGCAGCUCAAUUUUGCCUACGAAUCAGCCGCGAGAAAUGACAUGAAAGUCUUCAUCUCAUUUGAUUUCAAUUGGUACAACACUGGACAAGCCACUGCCGUGGGACAGAAGAUCAGACAAUACGCCAGUCUACCUGCACAGCUCAAGGUAGAUGGUAAGGUCUUUGCAUCCUCAUUUGCCGGUGACGGCCUUGAUAUUCCUGCCUUGAACUCCGCUGCUGGCACCGAAGUGUUCUUCGCACCGAAUUUUCAUCCAGGGGUGGGAGACUUCAAUGCUAUCCAAUGUGCACUUAAUUGGAUGGCUUGGCCUAACAAUGACAACAACAAAGCGCCGACCCCAGAUCAUAACGUGAGCGUUGCAGAAGGCGACAGUAAAUACAUCGCGGCCCUAAAUGGAAAACCGUAUAUUGCACCUGUCUCCGGUUGGUUCUCAACUCAUUUCGGCGGCGAGGUUCCCUAUAGCAAGAAUUGGGUCUUUCCCUCAGAUCUUCUCUGGUAUGACAGAUGGCAAGAGAUUCUGAAUCUCGGGCCACGGUUCAUUGAGAUAGUCACCUGGAAUGACUACGGAGAGUCCCACUACAUCGGACCAUUGUCCUCGCCUCACACAGAUGAUGGUGCCUCCAAAUGGGUGAUGGAUAUGCCGCACAAUGGAUGGCUGGAAAUGUCCAAACCUUUCAUUGCUGCUUAUAAGGCCGGCGAAAAGUCCGCCAACAAUUACAUCACCGAAGACAAGUUGAUCUACUGGUAUAGACCAACUCCAAAGGACAUCAAUUGCGACUCAACGGACACUACCAUGCAGGGAAAUCCAAACAACUCAAGCGGAAACUUCUUCCGCGGACGACCAAACGGGUACGAGUCAAUGACAGAUGAGGUGUUUGUUGUCUCAUUGCUCAAAUCACCCGCUACUGUUCAGGUGACUUCAGGGAGCAGUAGCAAGACGUUCCAAGCACAGGCCGGUGCCAGCGCCUUUUCAGCACCUAUGGGCGUCGGCAAACAGCAGUUUUCACUCCUGCGCAAUGGGCAAACCGUCAUGUCCGACACGAGUCUGAAAGACAUUGUCGACAGCUGCAUCUGCGGCAUCUACAACUUUAACGCCUAUGUGGGCACCGUGCCACCGGAAAAGACUAUUGACAAGCUCCAACCAGCGGGACUGUCAAUGCUGUAUCAGGGACUGACAGUGCCAUGUCCGACUAACACUCUAGGACUCAGUAGCCCUACCGCCACCGCUCAAUAG